AACAGGGUCCUUGAUUGCGCCCCGGGACAAACCGUUUGCUGCGAGGGGGGAGCGGGCAGCUCGGAGGGCCCGAGGCGCAGGGCGGGCGGCGGGAGGCCAGCCGGGGCAGCCCGCGCUCAGGAGACGGAAGAUGACCCACCUGCAAGCCGGGCUGUCCCCGGAGACCCUGGAGAAGGCGCGCCUGGAGCUCAACGAGAACCCGGACACGCUGCACCAGGACAUCCAGGAGGUGCGGGACAUGGUCAUCACCAGGCCGGACAUCGGCUUUCUGCGCACGGACGACGCCUUCAUCCUGCGCUUCUUGCGGGCCAGGAAGUUUCACCACUUCGAGGCCUUCCGCCUGCUGGCCCAGUACUUCGAGUACCGGCAGCAGAACCUGGACAUGUUCAAAAGCUUCAAGGCCACGGACCCCGGCAUCAAGCAGGCGCUGAAGGACGGCUUCCCCGGCGGCCUGGCCAACCUGGACCACUACGGCCGGAAGAUCCUCGUGCUCUUUGCUGCCAACUGGGAUCAGAGCAGGUACACACUGGUGGAUAUUUUACGGGCCAUCUUGCUGUCUUUAGAAGCCAUGAUUGAAGAUCCUGAGCUUCAGGUGAAUGGAUUUGUUUUGAUCAUAGACUGGAGCAACUUCACCUUCAAGCAGGCCUCUAAGCUUACACCCAGCAUGCUGCGGCUGGCUAUCGAAGGCCUUCAGGACAGCUUCCCAGCACGAUUCGGAGGAAUUCAUUUUGUCAACCAGCCGUGGUAUAUCCAUGCCCUGUACACUGUAAUCCGGCCUUUCCUAAAGGAGAAGACUCGGAAAAGGAUAUUUUUGCAUGGUAACAACCUGAAUAGUCUACACCAACUAAUUCACCCUGAGAUCCUGCCUUCUGAGUUUGGAGGAAUGCUGCCCCCUUACGACAUGGGGACAUGGGCAAGAACGCUGCUGGACCACGAGUAUGACGAUGACAGCGACUACAAUGUGGACUCCUACAGCAUGCCCGUGAAAGAAGCGGAAAAGGAGCUCUCCCCCAAGUCCAUGAAGAGAUCCCAAUCAGUAGUGGAUCCCACAGUACUAAAACGCAUGGAUAAAAAUGAGGAAGAAAACAUGCAGCCUUUGCUCUCUCUGGACUGAUAACCUUCUCUACGCUCCCCAUGGAUUUGAAAUGAAAGGUACUUGUUUUCAGCAACAGGGACAGCACUGUGGAGGAAUUACCAGCUGGAAACUUACUUAUUCCUGUUAAUGUAGCAUAAUAUAUAAUAAGGCAUCAGGCUUUCCCAUUUGCCUGAACCAUGGGGGGGCCCUGGUUUGGAUUAAAAAGUCAAUAAUUUAUUCUGUAAGUGCCAAGUUCUUUGUAAAUACAAUGUAAUCUUUAUGUCAAGUUUGUAAAUUUUGGUAAUAACUAAAAUUGGAAAAGUUUGGCUCAUGACUUCAUGCCAAUGAUGUGAACUAUAACAAAAAUAAAAGACACAUAAAUAAUCAAAGCUAAUUAAAUGUAGCCCUGUUUCCUAUGAAGCCAUAUUUCAGCUCUCAUAGUGAUUGUUUCAUUGUUUUUCUCUGAAACUCUGUCAUAUUCAACUGUAAUUUUAAUGGUCACAAGGAACUAGAUGAUUGUAAGAAAUUAUGAUAAAUGUAUUUCCUGUCUAGUGAUUUUCAUUUUACAGAAAAUGUGUUCUAGGCACUAUCACUGGCCUUGCAUUUUGGAGACAAGGAGUGGCAGAUAAUCUGGUAACGUGAACAUUCGAACUCUUCUAUGUUGUUUAAUUCCUGGAGUCUUGUAAAAGGAUAUGUUUCUCAAACAAAGAUGUGGAAUUGUGAGAGUGGAUUCUUUUUAAACUGCUGUCUUCACAAUGCAUCCUUUAUUCAAGACCUCGUUGAAUUCCUGUCUGAUGUACUUUAAGAACAUUUUCCCCCCAAAACUCUUUGGCCAAGAGAAAGAGAACUUAUACAUAAAUAGUGCUUUGACAGCCAAUUUUGAACAUAAAAGUUGCUAUAUACAGAUAAGGGGCUAAUUUCUAAUUAUAGUGUACUGGUUAAAAAAACAUGUAUAUUCACACACACAUAUAUAUUUUUACUGAGCUCUAAUAAAUCCUUGAUGUGACAGGCUUAUAAAAUAAAUCAUACAUAUUCAAUGGCCUUAGAGAUGGUAUAGAUAUAACAUGAGAUGCUAACUCUGGAAAACUACUCUCUCUAAACUUAAUGAAAAUAAGAUAUAGUAAAACAGACUUUUAAUGAACCUAUUUACAGGAAUUCAAACUAAUUUGUAAUGAAAUCUUGAAUGUGUGUCAUUUUAGUGAAAUGUAUUUUUUUCAAAACAACAGGUCUCAACAUAUAUAGGCAGUGUCAGGUGAUCAAGAGUAAUACAAGUUUUUCUCAAAUUCAAAUUAAUUUUCCUAAUGAUCCUGUAAGUACACAUUUUCAGAAAAGAUUGAAAGAACAUAUUGCAUCCAGGAGACAUAAUGAAAGCAUCUGAGGGCAUCUGAGAUAACAUAUUAUAGUUUAAAUGUAGAUUUGGAAUCCUUAUGCUAUUGAAAGUUUUUAUUUCAUAAAAAAGUUCUACAAUUAUAGCACAUUUAAAAAAAUCCUACUUUAAAUUUCAAAUUCCAAUGUGAAAAAAGCAAAAAUUUUACCACCUUUUCAGAGUGGUAAUUUUUGAGAUUGAGAAUUUACCAUUAAAAUAUUCUUUUGAGAGAAAAAUACCUCAAGGAACUCUUGGAAAUCAACAAAAAUAAAAGUGUGUAGCAGCUUUUACAUACUUUUUAGCUAAAAACUUAAAAACUUUCAGUUAUAUUUCUACAGUCAAGAAUCUUAAAAUCAAGAUCAGUACACCAACCUGCAGUAUCGCCAAUGGACAGUCUAAUAUUUGGUAAACAUACAUAAAUAUACAUAACGUACAUGAAAGAUCCCUUAAAAAUGCCAAACUCUAGUCAAGUGUGGAAGAAUAAAAUCGGUCAGGCACUCUGCUCUACCCAUGGAUAUCACAGAGAUGGGAAUGAAUUGGGGAUAAAAACCACUGCAACUCUUAUCUUUGACCAUUGGUGUUUUUAUCCUUUGCUAACCUGAUAUACAUUUUACAGCCUUGGGCUUCGUAUGCUAUAUAAGCAAGUGUUAGGCCAGAUGAUGCACAGAGGCAGUGAACUUUUUAUUCUCAUUCCUUUCUUUUUUCAUUUAUUGCCAACUUUCAGAAUUCUACCAGCUUCAGAUGUCAAGCAGCAUAGCCAGCUCCUUUCCUCUAUCAUUAGACUAGUGUCAUAUAAAAAUAACUAGGAAGGGAUAUUUUUUACGUCCAUACCUCCCUAAUUAGAAGUAUCGCUCACAGCCUCUCCUGCCCCACAUUUGGAAACUGCAGAGGCAUGGCUGCUGGGCCGCUCGUCUUCAAGUGAGCAUUGAGAAUCGGCUGGGUUGUGUAAUAUAUUUGAAGCAAAAUUACAACAAUGAUGCCUUUUGAAAUAGCUGUAUCUAGUUCAGUCUGUGAGUCACUCAUUUUCCAGGAAUGUGUCUGAAGCUGCAUAGUUAAGGGAUAUUUGGUCAAUGUCAUAAAAUUUCCCCUCCUCACCAGCUUACUAGCCCUGUUCAGGAUUUUCCCCCCUCAUGUGAUUUUCUGUCCUGUAGCUGGGUCUGUCGUUACAUAACUUAACUAAGCAGCCCUAUAUGCCAAUUUAAUUGUGAUGGUCUACUCCCACGCACACACACUGACACACAAACACUAGACUAUUUGGUGUUUUUAGGUAUCUUCUUCCUGAAACUAUGUAGACAUCAAAAAGUGAUCACAUUUGAUUUGGAAUUGGCCAGUAGUUCAUUUACUUCUCUUACCCCACUUGCUCUACCUUUUAUUCUUGUAUCUUUUUUUUUUUUUUCCUUCCUGAUGUUUCAGGCGCAGCUGCUUCCAAAGCUGCUUUAAAAUAAAUAACUGUUGUCAGUGAUAGUUGUACACAUUUUUGACCGAUAUUUUAAAAAGAAGAGAUUACUAAUGAAAAUUUACUCUAAGAAAUAUGAAGUGCCUCUUUAAAAAUGGAAUAAAGCAGUGAUAGUAGAAUAGGGAUUCUAUUUGUACUCUCAUCCAAAAAGUAAAUACAUCUAUAUAGUGAGGGUGAAACAUAGAUAUCAUUGGAAGAACGAUAUCUGAGGCUUUGCUGUGAACACUCCCGUUCAGCGUGUCUUUAUUGUGUAUGUCCAAUACAGUAACUUGAACACCUGUUAUUGACAAACCUGGCACUAUGCUCAAACAACACACAAGUAUUACACAGAGUUUUGCAAGCAAGUUUUUGAAGUGGGCAUGCAUUCUUUCUUCUAUUUCAAUAAUACUUUGCACAAUAAAUGUAAGCAAAGGCAUUCCUUAAGUCUUUUCAUAUAAAAUGCUUGUUUACAGUACUGAAAAUUCAUAUAGUCAUAAGCAGGAAAGCCAAACAGCUAGGAUCUCUUUAAUAUUGUAAACUAGGUCACAUUGUUAAAUUAAACAUUUGAAGUAUCUGUAAUUUUCCUGAGGGAACAGAAAUGUCCCUCAUGCAUCAAGAAAAUGGAGAGUUGUUUUAGACAUCGGGGAACAUGUUUAUUAACAAAAAGAAACCCUUAGACCCAUCGCAGUGUGACCUCAGGGACAGGCUUCCUUUUCUUCUAUAAACAACCUAAAGGCUUAUGGACAUGUCUAUGCGCCUUUAGAAAUGUUAUAUCAAGUAAACCUGCUGAAAGGCUAUGCACUCUUCUGUUCUUUUAUCUAAAUGUCUAAUUGGUCUGGUUAGUUAAUAAUUUAUCUCUUUUGCUUUUUAUUUUGUGUGUAUUAAUAUGAUUACUUGGAAAAUUGCCAUCAGACGUGAGGAUAUUUCAGAGAGAUUUUCAACACAAAGUGAAAUGAGCAGAGCUCUAGCAUGGUAUUUGAACUUUAGGAUAUGGUUUUCACAUCGAUAAGCUAAUAGGCAUCUAUUCCAUGUUAUGUGUACUAAAUAGAAAUGUAGCCUAAAAACGGCAGUGCAUUUUAAAUUUAUGAGGCCAUUAGAUCAUGUAAGAAUCAGCAGGUAAUAUAAAAUAUAUUAGAACAAAAGUAGACAAUUGGUUAAGUAUUCAGGUUGUAUAUUAUCUUCAGUAGUGAAAAGUAUUUAUUUUUUGUUUUAGUUAAAAAACCUGCUUUCUAAUAUACUGUUGAAGCUAUUCAGCACUACUUACUGUUUGAAAUAGGGCAAAUAAGUAAAAAUACAAAAGGAUUCUUGGCCUUGAAACAUUGUUAUAUCAUGGUCUUAAUGGCUUAGAGAAUAUAAUUUCUUUUACAAAAUCAAGUUUUUAUUUUGUAAACAUGCAUAGAUUAAUUCCACAUAUAGAGAUAAUACUAUGAAGUCUCUUCUGUAUUGAGUGUAGGAAUUUAUUUUCCCUGACUGUAGGAAAAAAAUAUAAAAUAGCAAUUAUGUGGAUUGAAACACUCAAGCUGAGCUAUUGUUCAGAGAAGAAGGAGUGCAAAUGAUACUGUUGAAAUGAAAAAAAAAAAAAAUUUAGGAAUCAAAUAA